AUGGGGGAUUUCUUGACAUUCAAGUACGAUGGGAUCUCUGAAAUGAAGGUUCUAAUCUUUGAUCCAAGUGGCUGCGAGAAAACACUUCCAUGUCUUCCCAUGAAAAAUGCUACUCAUGGUCAAGAACCAGAUGACAUCGCAAGCCAUUUUCAUGAUACUCCCAUGAAUUCACCACAAACUGAAAUCUCAAACCAAGGGAAUAACACUGUGGAUAUAAGCUCAUCUAGCUCUCCAUCCAGAUCGUCAGGUUAUGUUUCAUCUUCAGAAGAUGAUCUAGAAUCACUUUCUCCGAAGAGGUUAAUCCUCUGCGGACGCACUCGCCCUACGGGUUCUCAGAAGAAAAGGCUGAAAGAGAAGAUUCAGGCUAUUCAUUCAGAAAUUCCCAUCUAUGGGUGCGUCAUCAGGAAGAGUAGUAUUCAAGGAACUCCUUGUACCAUGGAAAUAUGCAGAAAAUAUGCUGAUCUAUACCUUCCAUUUGAGGAUGAAACAAUGAAGUUUCGACGCGAUGGUAAGAGAUGGUAUGUGCGAUGUUGUAUUAGUAAUUCGUACCAAGCCAAGAGUGCUAAAAGGCUCAAGAAAGGUUGGAGAGAGUUUGCGCAUGACAACAAUUUGCAGUUGGGAGAUAUCUGCCUCUUCAAGCUCCUGAAGAAAAAGAAGUACACUAUGGGUUCCUCGAAAGAGAAGGAAUACACUAUGGAUGUCCAUAUCAUUCGGAAGUAA